AUGGAUUUAGAUUUACUACAAGUGUCGCCGGCGAGGAUCUCGUACAUCUGUCUUGGUGGCUUUACAGUCUUGUUCUCACUAGUGUCCCUCCUAAUCAAAGAGAAGCUUUAUGUCAAUGAAGUCGUUUUAGGAACCGCCUUCGGGAUUAUCAUAGGUCCUUUCGGUACCAGCAUCUUCGCACCCCAUUCGUGGGGUCCCUCGAGUAAUACCAUAACACUAGAGAUCAUGCGUAUCGUCCUUGUAAUUGGCUUAUUCGCAGCUGGAGUCGAAUUACCACCUGCAUAUAUGAAAAGGCAUGCCAAGAGCUUGUUGGUAAUGGUUGUGCCUACCAUGGCGUUUGGCUGGGUCGUAGUGGCUGCGGUCAUGUACGUGUUGUUCCCGAAACUCGACUACAUAUCAGCCCUUUGUAUCGCCGCUUGUUUGACCCCUACGGACCCGGUGACAUGUGCUGCCAUCACACACGGUAAAUUUGCCCACCAACAUGUUCGCGAGGAUAUUCGCCACAUCUUGUUGGCUGAGGCCGCAGCCAACGACGGCCUUGCCUACCCUUUUCUUGCGAUAUCCAUAUACCUCACCAUAGAGACAUCCGUUCAAACUGCUAUCGGCAAGUGGUUUUUGGUGGGAUGGUUAUACCAGGUCAUCCUUGGCACCGUUCUAGGAGCCGUUCUAGGAUUUCUGUUCUCCAAACUCAUGAAGAAAUCCCUUGAUCAAGGCUUUAUGGAUCGUAAAUCGUACAUUGCGCAGUACUUGGCUCUCUCCAUCUUUACUAUGGGAGUUGCGAGCACCAUUGGCGCGGAUGAUCUUCUUGCAGCAUUUGCAGCAGGCUGUGCAAUAUCCUGGGAUGGGCACUUCCAUGAACAGACAGAACAUGAGGAUUUCUCUUCUGUGAUAGAUUAUGUGCUGAACUGUUGUUGUUUCAUCUACAUCGGCGCUUGGCUACCCUUUAACGCCUAUGACUCUCCCGAAUAUGAUAUCAGCCCUUGGAAGCUUGUUCUUCUUGUGAUCGCUAUCAUGGUCUUCAGGCGAAUUCCAUCUUUAUUGGCGGUAUACAAAUUUGUUCCCGAGAUUGCAUGCUGGCGGGAAGCUCUAUUCUCUGGUCACUUCGAGAACCCGCCUGCAAAUCAAGCACAGUACCUCGCUACAACUAUCCAGCCUAUAGUGUCCUUUGUCGUCCUUGGUUCUAUCAUCGUUCAUGGCUUGUCUAUUCCGUUCUUCAAUGGAUUGGUCGUGUCGCGCUCUCGCACGACUUCGUUAAGCAAGACGUCGACUGACGAUAGUUAUGUUAUGGGCCCGGUAUGUUAG